AUCAUUGUGUUGCCUUAAAACCUUUUAGCAUCGCGUGUCCUGGAAAUGCAACGCAGGCUUUCCUCCUGGUGAAAGCCGUCAGAGAGGUUGCCAUCUGUUCAUUAAGCCUUCUUCAGCAGGUUAAAGGUCAAAUAAAAGGGAUCAUGUCCAUAAAAUCUCAUCUUCUCCAUCAGCGGGUAACCCUUAGUUAUGGCCAGCUCUUAAGUAGCUCACCGUCACGGGCCUCCAGACGUGGGCCUCCACCACGCCCGCUCUCCGUUUCAUCCUUUUGUUUCCAUCUUCUUUCCUCAGCGGUGGAUUUCUUCAACCAGAUCAACAUGCUGUAUGGCACCAUCACAGACUUCUGCACGGAGGAGAGCUGUCCGGUCAUGUCCGCCGGUCCUAAGUACGAGUACCACUGGGCCGAUGGAACCAACAUCAAGAAACCCAUCAAGUGCUCGGCCCCCAAGUACAUCGAUUACCUGAUGACGUGGGUGCAGGACCAGCUGGACGACGAGACGCUUUUCCCUUCAAAGAUCGGCGUUCCCUUCAAGCGCAACUUCAUGUCCGUGGCCAAGACCAUCCUGAAGCGGCUGUUCAGGGUCUACGCCCACAUCUACCACCAGCACUUUGACUCCGUCAUGCAGCUGCAGGAGGAGGCCCACCUCAACACCUCCUUCAAACACUUCAUCUUUUUUGUUCAGGAGUUCAACCUGAUCGACAGGAAAGAGCUGGCCCCGCUGCAGGAGCUGAUCGAGAAGCUGACCACUAAGGACAGAUAGACGGCAACGCAAGCGUGUAUUUUAUUGUUCUAGGUUUUGCACAGACUCCCACCCCCGCCCCCCACCCUGGCUGUACGUAUGCAGUAUGUUACUACAUGGAUCUCCGUCGGGGGAAGUGUUUUUAAUAUCGCCAGGAAGAAGGCUGGGUUUUUUUGAUAGGUUUAAGGCACCAGGACUAAUUUUUUAUCAGGGAUUACAGACUUAAUUAGCAACCAGAGAAACACAUUUAGGCGUUUGGAGGAGAAUCCCUUGUAUCCACGCGCGGCGGCGGCGAUGAUUUGGGACUGUAAAGACGUGUCGUAUGUUCCUUGGUUUUUCCCUCGUUUCUUUCCCUCUGCUGGUCCAGCGGCGUGGGGGAGGACAGCAGCGUUUAUUUUUGCGGGGAGAACCGAGGCCAGCUUUAAAGCCUGUUUAACCCUUUCAGUCUCGUUUCAGUGUCCGUUGAGCUGAACUCAUGUUGCCAUCAGUACAGAGGAACCCUAAGUGCCUAGCACGGCUCGACGUCGCCCCCUAUGUCCACAGCGGGAACUGUUAGAAGAUUAAGGCCAUAUUUGAUCAAUAUAUUUAACGUUUUCAACCUACCUCCCUUUAAACCUAAAUAGCCCUGAAUUCUCCCUUUAGUCAGAUUUUUUUUUUCUUUGUACGUUGGAUGGAAAGAGGUUUUUUCCAUCUCUUUUUUUUGCAAACCUCAUGUGUGUUCUGAGAGGGUGAUGAUAAAUGAAUGUGUUAAAGGAUAUAGAGGUGAGUUUUUUUCCGUCUCAGAGCAGGGACUAAUAAAGAGCUUUUAGGUGUGUCCAGUGACGAGUCCCCGCCUCCUGUAGAAACGCUCGGCGAGGGAACCUCCAGCUGUACAUACUUACCUGCAGGUAGAUACAGAGAUGCAUAUUUAGCCUCCCCCCUCCCCUCCCCGUGUCUGAAGACUCUAAGCGCUCUGAGCCGGAUGACGCUACAUACCUUGGUAUCUGGAUAGCCAUGACGCACUUUGAACAAGUUUCGGAACCACUCUUGCCUGAAUGUUUCCUCCUGCGUAUGUUGAACUCUGUGAGAAGCCGUUUCACGUGACCGUUCGCAGAAAGCGUACACAGCCCUGUUGUAAUUCCAGGGUUUUGAGACGACAGGAAAAGGAAAAAAAAAAAUCCUGGAUUUCC